AAGGCAUACAUUGAUUGAUUGAUAUAUAAAGCGGCUUUGACCGCUAUAUGCUCCGUUUAUCUUCUCCUUCAUCUAUUCUAUGCGUUUCGGCUACGCUUGGAGGAGGCUCUAGGGUUCUUCGUUAUUCAUCCUUCACUCUGAUUGUGUGGAAAGAGAUAGGAUGCACAUGAGCCGAGAUUGAACUUAAACGGUAUACGUUUUCAGCUAAAUUCUGUUUUGUGAUUGUCUUGAGUUGAAUCAGAAUGACGUGGUUUAGAGCUGGGUCUAAUGUAGCGAAGCUUGCUAUUAAGAGAACAUUAGCACAGUCUGGAUCUUAUUCUGCUAGGGCGAGGAUCAUUCCUGCACAGAAUCGGUAUUUUCAUUCCAGUAUUUUCAGACCAAAGGCACAAGCUGCUCCAGUUCCUCGUCCCGUGCCGCUCUCUAGGUUGACUGAUAGUUUUUUAGAUGGGACAAGCAGCGUGUACCUUGAGGAAUUGCAGAGGGCUUGGGAGGAAGACCCGAACAGUGUUGACGAGUCAUGGGAUAACUUCUUUAGGAACUUUGUUGGUCAGGCUUCCACAUCGCCUGGAAUUUCUGGACAAACUAUUCAAGAGAGUAUGAGAUUGUUGUUACUGGUUAGGGCUUACCAGGUUAAUGGUCAUAUGAAAGCUAAGUUGGAUCCAUUGGGGUUGGAAGAAAGGGAGAUACCUGAUGAUUUAGAUCCGGCACUUUAUGGAUUCACGGAAGCGGAUAUUGACAGAGAGUUCUUUCUUGGAGUGUGGAGGAUGUCUGGAUUUUUGUCUGAAAACCGUCCUGUGCAAACUCUUAGAGCAAUAUUGACCAGACUUGAGCAGGCUUAUUGUGGCAGUAUUGGAUAUGAAUACAUGCACAUAGCUGAUCGUGACCAAUGUAAUUGGUUGAGGGAGAAGAUUGAGACUCCUAUGCCGACACGGUACAAUAGGGAACGGCGCGAUGUCAUGCUUGAUAGGCUAGUAUGGAGUACUCAGUUCGAGAACUUCUUGGCCACCAAAUGGACUGCUGCAAAAAGAUUUGGCCUUGAAGGAGGUGAGACUUUAAUCCCAGGUAUGAAGGAAAUGUUUGAUAGGGCAGCUGAUCUUGGGGUUGAGAGUAUUGUCAUUGGGAUGUCUCAUAGAGGACGAUUAAAUGUUUUGGGUAAUGUGGUUCGCAAGCCAUUGAGACAAAUCUUUAGCGAGUUUAGUGGAGGUACAAGGCCUGUGGAUGAAGUUGGGCUUUACACAGGAACUGGUGAUGUCAAGUACCACUUGGGUACCUCUUAUGAUCGGCCAACAAGGAGUGGGAAGAGAAUUCAUUUGUCUCUAGUCGCUAAUCCAAGUCACUUGGAAGCCGUAGAUCCUCUUGUGGUUGGGAAAACCCGAGCUAAACAAUAUUAUUCCAACGAUUUGGACCGGACUAAGAAUAUGGGUAUCUUAAUCCAUGGUGAUGGUAGUUUUGCUGGACAAGGUGUAGUUUACGAGACAUUGCAUCUUAGUGCUCUUCCUAAUUACACAACUGGUGGGACAAUACAUAUUGUGGUAAACAACCAAGUUGCUUUCACUACUGAUCCAAAGUCUGGAAGAUCUUCUCAAUACUGUACUGAUGUUGCCAAAGCUUUGAGUGCUCCCAUAUUUCACGUCAAUGGUGAUGAUCUUGAGGCAGUUGUUCAUGCCUGUGAACUAGCAGCUGAGUGGCGCCAGACUUUCCAUUCUGAUGUAGUUGUGGAUAUAGUUUGUUAUCGUCGAUUUGGACACAAUGAGAUUGAUGAGCCAUCUUUCACACAACCCAAGAUGUACAAGAUCAUUAGGAACCAUCCGUCAACACUUGAAAUUUAUGAAAAGAAGCUUCUUGAAUCUGGUGAAUUGACAAAAGAAGAUAUUGAUAAGAUACAUAACAAGGUCACUACAAUCCUUAAUGAGGAGUUUUUGGCAAGCAAAGAUUAUGUCCCAAAGAGGAGGGACUGGCUUUCAGCUUAUUGGACUGGAUUCAAGUCUCCAGAACAGCUGUCUCGUGUCCGAAACACAGGGGUGAAGCCAGAGAUUUUGAAGACUGUUGGGAAAGCAAUCACGGCUCUUCCUGAAACCUUUAAGCCUCACAGGGCCAUUAAUAAAAUUUUUAAAGACCGUGCUCAGAUGAUAGAAACUGGAGAAGGCAUUGACUGGGCACUUGCAGAAGCGCUUGCUUUUGCGACCUUGCUUAUUGAAGGAAAUCAUGUACGUCUGAGUGGUCAGGAUGUUGAGAGAGGUACAUUCAGUCACCGACAUUCAGUACUUCAUGAUCAGGAAACAGGGGAGCAGUAUUGUCCUCUAGAUCAUGUUACAAUGAACCAAAAUGAGGAGUUGUUUACUGUAAGCAACAGUUCUCUUUCUGAGUUUGGUGUGCUUGGUUUUGAAUUGGGUUACUCCAUGGAAAAUCCGAAUGCUCUUGUACUAUGGGAAGCCCAAUUCGGUGAUUUUGCAAAUGGAGCUCAAGUUAUCUUUGAUCAGUUUUUGAGCAGUGGAGAGGCAAAGUGGCUUCGUCAAACUGGACUUGUGGUCCUUUUACCCCAUGGUUAUGAUGGCCAGGGACCUGAACAUUCAAGUGCAAGGUUGGAACGUUACCUUCAGAUGAGCGAUGACAAUCCUUUUGUUAUACCCGAGAUGGAUUCAACCCUACGGAAGCAGAUUCAGGAAUGCAAUUGGCAAGUUGUGAAUGUCACCACUCCGGCAAAUUAUUUCCAUGUCUUGCGUCGUCAAAUACAUAGGGAAUUUCGCAAACCCCUCAUUGCGAUGGCCCCUAAGAACUUGCUUCGACAUAAAGAAUGCAAAUCAAACCUCUCUGAAUUUGAUGAUGUCCAAGGCCAUCCUGGGUUUGAUAAACAGGGUACCAGAUUCAAGCGUCUCAUAAAGGACCAGAAUGACCACUCAGAUCUUGAGGAGGGUAUUAGACGUUUAGUUCUCUGUUCUGGAAAGGUUUAUUAUGAGCUUGAUGAUGAAAGGAAAAAACAAAGUGCCAAGGAUGUGGCAAUUUGUAGGGUGGAACAACUUUGCCCCUUUCCGUACGAUCUAAUCCAACGUGAACUGAAGCGGUACCCAAAUGCUGAGGUCGUGUGGUGCCAGGAAGAGCACAUGAACAUGGGAGCGUACAGCUAUAUUGCUCCGCGCCUAUACACAGCGAUGAAAGCACUGAACAGAGGUGGUUACGACGAUAUUAAAUAUGUGGGGCGUCCACCUUCUGCAGCAUCCGCAACUGGUUUCUACCAGGUCCAUGUGAAGGAGCAAACCGGUUUGGUUCAGAAAGCCUUACAACCCGAACCCAUUCAAUUUCCAUAGUUAUUCCAUGAGAAAAACAAAAACAAACAGAUGAUUUGUAGUGUGCACGAAUGGAGGAGAUUCUCCUCUUGAAGGGGAAAAAUUGCUAUUUUUUCCUUUCAAUUUCCUUUUUUCAAUUUUUUUUUUGGUUUUCUUUUUCCAACUGCAAUGGUGGGUUACAAACAUGGACUUCUUCUUUUUUUUUUUUUGCUUGCAUAAAUCAUGUCCUUUGAACAAAGGGCAUUCAUUGUGUAUGUAACAACAUUUGUUGAUUACCGACAACUUGUAAUUUGAGUUGCACUUUUAUCACAAUUGGUUGUGUUGGAA